GGCUAGAGUCUGACUCAGACUUCAGUUUCCACAUCCUUCUGUCACAAAUAUGACUUGUCAAAGUGAGUCACUGUGAUGGAGCUGAAAGCAGAGCGUACAAGGCCAAUGCUGUCAUUUUGAACCCUGUCACAUUUUAUAAGAUAAGCACCCGUUCUGCACUCAGAGCACCUCCUCACCAUGAACAGAUUGAAAAUGGAGGAGGUCAAGUCUGAAGUCAUCCUGUCAGUCUACAUCCUCACCUUCCUGAUGGGACUUCCAGCAAACCUGUUAGCCCUGUAUGCUUUCAGUGCCAAGAUCCAGAGCCGGCCUCUGCCCAUGGACAUCCUGCUGCUGCACUUGACAGUAUCCGACCUGCUCUUCCUCUGCGUGCUCCCGCUGAAGAUGCACGAGGCGGCUUCUGGGAUGACCUGGACCCUGCCGGUUGUACUCUGCUCCUUGACUUCCUUCAUUUUCUUCUGCACCAUCUACACCAGCUCGCUCCUGCUCACGGCCAUCAGCCUGGUGAGAUACGUGGCUGUGGCAUUGCCUGUUGCCUACCGCAGACUGCAUCGGCCUCUUUACGCCAUCUUGUGCGGUGUGCUUAUCUGGAUCAUUUCAGCGGCUCAUUGUAGCAUCGUCUUUAUUGCCCAACACCACCCGUCUCUGUCCCAGAACUCCUCCAUGUGCUAUGAAGCCUUCUCACCCAAGCAGCUGCAGAUCCUGUUGCCAGUGCGCCUGGAGAUGUUCUUUGUCCUGUGCUUGAUUCCUCUGCUCAUCUGUGUGUUCUGUUACCUGCGCUGCAUCUACCUGCUGUACAGCCUGCCCCGGAUGUCCCCCCAGCAGAAGCACAAGGCCAUCGGCAUGGCUCUGGGGACUCUGGCCGUGUUCCUGGUGUGCAUGCUGCCCUAUAACAUCACUCACCUCCUGGGAUACAUCAAGGGCCAGAGCCCGGUAUGGAGGUAUUACACACUGCUCCUGUCCACCCUUAACACCUGUCUGGAUCCAAUCAUUUUCUACUUCUCGUCCUCAGCCUUCCGAAGCAGGAUCAAGAAGUCUGUGUUGUUCCGGAAAAAUGAGCUGCACAUUUCUGUCAUAGAGAACCCACGUAAUGCCUCAGCUUCUUAAAGCCCUUUACAGAGGGAGAACCCAGUUCUCUGCAGACAUGAUCUACUAGCACAAGACAAAGAGCAAGAAUCCUAUGAACAUUGUCAUUGUUCUAAAAUGCAGUCCUUUUAAAAUAAUUUAUACUGUUUCUAUUUUAGUUCAAAUGUGUAAAUGUUUUUUUCAACAUGUGUGCUGCAGUUCCACUUUGGCCCAGGUCACCCUUAAAGAGAUUUUGAUUAAUGUUUUGUUUUGUUUUUCACCUGGUUAAAUAAAGAUGAAUACAUAUAUAAAUCUGGCAAUCUGAAUAUAGGUGUUGCCACUCGUAUUGCUUGCCAGUUGUUGUUGUUUUAUUUUUUACUUUUCUCUGACACUUUUUGAGAUGAAAAUAGGGGAAAGCUAUCACUAUUGUCAUGCUGAGUCAAAACUCCACCCACCUUUGAAGACGUGCUCCAUGGCACAUCAUAUAAAGCUGGGUUGUUGAAACAAUAUGAGUACAUUUUAUACUUACCAACUCACUGCGUGACGAUAAAUGUAUUUUAAAAUCUCUACACUGUACCUGUCUUUCACAGCAUUUACUAAUAUUUCAGGGAAUCUUAAACAAAUAGAUAAACAUGCAGUCAUGUUGUGGUAUUACAUUUAUGCAAAAGAUUAUGGCUUUGCUGUCUGCAAAUGCUCAUCUGUCUAUCUAUAGUGAUGGGACAGUAUUU